GGUUGUGACCACAAACCUGUUGUUUCUUCAGUUAAGUUAUUUUCGUUAAUUAAAAUGUUGCGGGAAAUAGUUUUUCGACAAAUUAUCGCAUUUAUAGUAGCUUCAAAUGCUUUAAUAGGAAAUCUUCUAAAUUUUCGGGAAACCACAACUGUAGACAUGCUUCAACAAUUUGGAUACCCAGUCGAAACUCACCAAGUCAGCACUGAAGACGGAUACGAACUGACCCUUCACAGAAUACCUUACGGCAAAUCGGCCGAAGGAAAGACACCAGCCAAAAAACCUAUCCUACUAGUACACGGUCUGCUAUGCAGUUCGGCAGAUUGGAUCGUUACUGGAGAACAUUCUUUGGGUUUACAAUUGGCCAAUGCAGGAUACGACGUAUGGAUGGGUAACAAUAGAGGCAACACGUAUUCUCGUAAACAUAAAAAGUUGAGUCCGGAUUCGGAUGGUGAGAGUUUCUUUUCAUUCAGCUUCCACGAGUUUGGAAAAUAUGACGCACCAGCCAUGAUAGAAUAUGUUUUGAAAAACACCAACACCAGCAAAAUUCCUUAUGUAGGAUACUCCCAAGGGACUACACAGUUUUUAGUAAUGAUGUCAGAACGUCCAGAAUAUAAUGACAAAAUUUCUUCGAUGGUUUCUUGGGCACCAGUAACAGAAAUGUCCCAAACCAAUAAUAAACUUAUAAAUCUAUUGCGUGACGUUCCCGUACUGGAAGAGAUUGGUGAUACCAUUCGAUGGAACGCAGUGCUUCAACACGAAAAAAUUGGAAAUCUUUACAAAGGACUCUGUAAAUUGUCAGAUACUGCCUGUAGUUUGGUAUUUAGAUUAUUAGGACAAUCCUUGCAACGGAUGCCGAACAUAGCGAUGAAACAAAAAAUAUUAAGCAAUUUUCCCGCUGGGACAUGCAAAAAAGAGCUUCUCCAUUAUGUGCAAGGAGCUCGUGACGGUAUAUUUAGACCCUAUGACUAUGGUAUGAAGCAAAAUUUAAAAGUUUACGGUAAACCAUCCCCGGACCCUUACAAUUUGUCUAAAGUACGGUGCAAUAUGACUUUAUUUUACGGAGAUGCUGACGAUUUAGUAAAUAAUGAUAAACUUUUAAAUUAUGUUAUACCCGAACUCACCAAUGCUAACGUUGAAACUGUCCCGUUAGCAUCAGAGUUCAAUCAUUUGGAUUUCAUUUGGGGCAAACAUGUGCAGUAUUUGAACGAAAAAACUCUGGAAGUAUUAAAACACGAUUCCGCAAAUAGAGACGAAGUAACGGAUGAGCUAACGAAAAUAGAUACAGGCACACAUUCAAUCAGUACUGAGGAAAUACGCGUUGAACAUACUAUUGAAGAAGAAUAAUUUGAUGGAAUAACUCCAUCAAAGUUUCUCAAAGGGAAAAUAUAUCACUUACACGAACUUGAUUAGUUGAAAGAAAAUGAUGACGGAUUUCCUAUAACCCCUUUUGGAACUAUAAAUAUAAAUAGGAUUCAAAUUUGUUGAUUUAUUAAAUUAAAUAUUUUUCUCACAGGCUUUAAUGAUAACAUUAUUUUUUCCUAUAGGUAAAGUCCGAC